UUCUUUUUUGAAACUCAAACACUCCGCCAUUUCUCCAACGCUAGCUACUCACGUACUCUUGUUUACCAAGAAAACCCUACUUCCAACGACAAGCAUAACGUUAACCCACUCCCACUCCCACUCCCACUCCCACGACAUACUGAUCUCCAGCUCAAACCCUUCAUCUAAUCUUUUUUCUUCUUCAUGACUUCCCCGUCUCUAACGCUUCAUCGGCGACCUAACGUGUUUAGGAUUUCGUCGACCUCCUACAGGUCCCUCCAGACCUUCCCGUCGGAAAGACAUUCCGACAUCGCUCGCCGUCCUGGCGGCCUCAUCACUGUCCCUAGAAGGCUUAAGUCGGCUCCGGCCACCAGCGGGUCCCUCGGCAGGCCGACAAAGCUGCUGCUCAACGUGACGAUCGAGAGAAGCUUGGGUCCUGUACAGGUGGUCAUGCUGCCUGAGAACACGAUCCGGGACUUGAUCAAGGAGGUGUUGGAGAUUUACGACAGGGUAAAAAGGAGGCCGUUGCUGCCAAAGAUCGAUCCUCGCUGCUUCGAGCUCCACUACUCGCAGUUCAGCUUGGAAAGUUUGAAGCCAGAGGAGAAGUUGAUAAACUUGGGGUCUAGGAAUUUCUUCUUGUGCUUAAAGCAAUCCACCUCUACCGGCUCUACUUUCUCCGAGAAAGCAGAUAAUGCAACUGAAGCUGCAUUUCCACUAGCCAAGUUAAUGGAUUUCUUGUUAUAGGUCUAGCCUUUUCAGUCAACGUUAGCGCCCGCUUGUAUGUAGCCGUGCUUCUAAUCUAUAAGUACUACUGCUGUAUUUCGUGCGAUGUUAUUAGCAUAUAUAUAAAGUUUUUUUAUUUGC